AUGAGCUCGAAGAAAAAGAAGGCGGUUAAGAAGGAGGAGUUGAGUGAACUGGACCCUGAUACCUUGCUAAAGCAAUAUGAAGAGGUCAAAAGAAAGGCAACGGUAACAAAGGAUGAUUUCAAGAAUUUACCCAAAACUGAGCGCGGAAGUGCUUUGCGACUUGCACUUAAAAAGAACAAACGAGCUCGUCAAGCUGAAAGAGAGAAGUUGCGCGAAGUGCUGGGUGAUGCAGCCCCAGCUAAGGAAGUACCGAAAACCAUUGAGAGCACCAGGGAAUAUGAUGAAACAAUGGUCCAGGAAAAUGAUGACGAGGUUGAGCACGAUGAAGCCCAUGAUGAAUUCGCUCCGUAUUUCAACCGCGAAACUACUCCCAAAGUACUAAUAACGAUGUCUCCGUUCGCCAAAAAGACGACGUGGAAGUUCUGUUUUGAGCUUCAUAAGUGCAUUCCGAAUUCGGAAAUUUUCUCUCGCAAAGGUGUUCCAUUAAAGAAAGUUGUAAAGCAAGCUAUAUCAAAAUCUUAUACCGAUUUACUAGUUGUCCAUGAAGACCAAAAGAAACCAAACGGCAUUAUUUUUUGUCAUCUUCCCGAGGGACCGACCGCGUAUUUCAAAAUCAAUAGUUUGAGGUUUUCAAAGGAUAUUCCGCGUUGUGGUGAAUCCAGUGCACAUAAUCCCGAAAUUGUUCUGAACAACUUCAAUACACGUCUAGGUCAUGGCAUUGCUCGAAUGUUUGCCUGUCUUUUUCCACACGAUCCAAAGUUCACAGGACGACGCGUGGUCACUUUUCAUAACCAAAGAGAUUACAUUUUCUUCCGACAUCACCGAUACGAAUUUAAAAAGGAAGGACAGAAAGCUGCUCUACAUGAACUUGGCCCUCGAUUCACCCUGAGGCUGAAAUGGUUACAGAAGGGGACGUUCGAUACUAAAUGGGGCGAGUAUGAGUGGGUAUUGAAGAAAGCAGUAUUAGUAGGUAUGCUGACCCGGAGGCUUGCGUUGACGGCAGCGCAACAACUACGGGUUCGAGCGCAAAUCGGUGGACGCGCUGGCCUUGGACCAUUGAGGUGA